AUGGCACCUACCGAUACAACGUCGCUUCUCGGCAAGCGUUACUACUGCAACAGCUCCUACUAUGGAUACAAUAACAACUGCUCUGCUUGGUCUUACUACGGCCGCUGGAUCUUCGCCGCGAUCGUCAUCGUGGUAAUCUUGGCUAUCUGCUUCUUGUGGGCAUGCGUCAACUCUCGCCGUCGUCGCAGACGCGGCGCGCAACCCAUGUACGGCACUGGCUGGAUGGCGGGUAACCAGGGACAAAACCAGAACAACCCGAAUGCAUACUACAACAACAGCCAACAACCUCCGCCCGCUUAUGGAGCCGGCCAGUCAUACCCGAUGCAGAACCAGAACUACAAUUCGCAACAAGGUUACUAUGGCCAGCGUGAAGGCGUCGCGCAAGCCAAGGACACGCCUGCGGGCGAGUACGCUCCUCCGCCCGGCCCGCCCCCUGCCAAGAUUCACUAA